AUGAUGCCACCCAAGAGGUCCCCACCCAACCUUCCACUACUUUUCCUCCCUCUCUCAAUGAAUCGACCAUCACUGCCUCUCCAGAUGACAAUACUUCGGACCCCACCUCAUCACCUCUUCCUAUCCCUACUAAUCCCAGACAGUCUACUCGACUCCGCCAACCACCAUCGUGGCAUAAAGACUACCACAUGUCCAACACUAUGUUUACCCCAAGUGCAAUUAUCUGACUCUACGCCAACUCCUGUUAAAGGUCAUAGAGAGCCCACCUCAUAUGCCCAGGCUGCUCAGGAUCCUCUUUGGCAGCAAGCAAUGAAAGUUGAAUUAGAUGCCUUGCAACACAACAAAACUUGGAGUCUUGUUCCCUUGCCUGCCGGUCAGAAACCCAUUGGAUGUAAAUGGGUUUACAAAAUUAAGUAUCACUCUGAUGGGACCAUCGAAAGAUACAAAGCUCGCCUUGUUGCGAAAGGGUACACUCAAGUGGCUGGCGUUGACUAUUUUGAGACCUUUUCACCCACUGCUAAACUUACCACUGUCCGCUGCCUCUUAUCCGUAGCAGCCUCUCGCAAUUGGUUUAUUCAUCAACUUGAUGUUCAAAACGCCUUUCUUCAUGGCGAUUUGGAGGAAGAGGUGUACAUGGUUCCUCCUCCUGGACUUUGCCGACAGGGGGAGAACUUAGUGUGUCGGCUCAUAAAUAUUUGCAAUGAUCCACAAGAGAUGCAACUUCUGAAAGCAUUUCUACUCAAGCAUUUCCAUAUCAAAGAUCUUGGUCUUUUAGGGGCACGCCCUGAUAAAUUCCCAAUGGAGCAACACUUGAAACUCACUCCCACAAAUGGUGAUUUAUUAGAUGAUCCCACACGGUAUAGGAGAUUAGUGGGCAGAUUAAUCUACCUUACUGUGACGAGACCAGAUAUUCUAUACUCAGUACAGACCUUGAGUCAAUUCAUGCACCAGCCAAGAAAACCUCACUUAGAAGCAGCUCUUCGUGUUUCUGAAGUUCAUUAA